GCUCCGAAGUACCUCUGAACCCAUCAGCUUCACCAACAGAGACAGAGCUGAGAGUGGGGGAGAUCCUGGAGAAACUGGAUCAACUGAUCCCGCCCAGACCCUUCACCCACUUCAAAACCACCACCAGCGCCGCCCACAGCACCGCCACCGUCCUCAACCCUCGGCGCACGUACUGCGUGGGGGACCAGCUGGACGUCCUGCUGGAGGCCAGGGACCACCUGGGACGCAGGAAGAAGUACGGCGGGGACUUCCUGAGGGCCAGGAUGUCCUCCCCAGCCCUGAAAGCAGGCGCUUCAGGAAAAGUGACAGACUUCAACAAUGGCACCUACCUUGUCAGCUUCACGCUGUUCUGGGAGGGCAGCGUCUUCCUGUCUGUCCUGCUCAUCCACCCCAGCGAGGGGGUGUCGGCUCUCUGGAGGGCAAGGAACCAAGGUUAUGAUAGAAUUGCUUUCAGAGGUAAAUUUGUUAAUGGCACCUUCCACGUCUUGGCUGAAUGUGGCCUGACCCUAAACUCAAGCACUGAACUAUGCAAAUACCUGUACGGUGGGAGUAAAGAUGUCUUCUACUGCAUAAAGCCUCAACACAUGCCCUGUGAGGCCCUGACUUAUGUGUCUUCCAGGAAUCGAGAAGUUUCUUACCUUACUGACAAAGAAAAAAGGCUUUUCCAGAAGUCCAACGUUGGAGCUGAGUUGAUGAAAGACGCUAAGCACAUCAGUGUCUCUGGAUGCAAGCGUAAUGAAAACACAAAAGAGAAAUGCCAAAUUGGAAUGGAGAUUCCUGUCCCUGGUGGUUACACCUUACAAGGAAGGUGGAUAACAUCAUCUUGCAGCCAGGUGAGGUUAAAUUCAAGUCAGAUCAAUGACUGCCUGAAAGGAAAACUCAUCUACCUCCUAGGAGACUCGACACUACGCCAGUGGAUCGACUAUCUGCCUAAAGUUGUCAAAACAUUGAAAUUUUUUGAUCUUCAUGGAACUGGAUUUCAUAAAACACAUGUGCUUCUGGAUGCUGAAAGACAUACUCAGAUUCUAUGGAAAAAACACAGCUAUCCUUUUAACACUAUCCAGUUCUACUCUGUGAUCUGUGGUGGCUAUAUCCCUCAAGAAAUUGAUCAGCUACCAGGUGACAAAAACACAGCCAUUGUCAUCACCUUUGGCCAGCACUUCAGACCCUUCCCCAUGGAACUCUUCAUUCGCAGAGCCAUUAACAUCCGAAAGGCAAUUGAACGGCUCUUCCUAAGAAGCCCUGACACGAAAGUCAUCAUUAAGACAGAAAAUGUUAGGGAGAGAUACAUAGAUGCCGAGAAGUUUGCAAACUUCCAUGGUUAUAUUCAAAAUCUUAUCAUGAAGGAUAUGUUCAAAGAUCUCAAUGUGGGUGUCAUUGAUGCCUGGGACAUGACCAUUGCAUAUGAUGCUAAUGUUAUCCACCCACCUGACAGUGUGAUUGGAAAUCAGAUUGACAUGUUUUUAAACUACAUUUGCUAA